UAGGAAGGGGGGGGGCAGGUUCUAGAGGCACACGCGCAGCCGGACGUAUCUCCUUACUUCCGGUGCAACCGGCACUUCCGCCGCCUGUUCUUCUUGGGGUGGCUUCGUGUGGUGUGGAUCCUUUAGGAGUUGUAAGGAGAUCAAGAUGGCAGAGGAAGCAGGGGAUGAAAAGAAACUGGUGGCCAAAUUUGAGCUGGAGAGGGAAACAGAGCUCCGCUUUGAGGUUGAAGCCUCACAAACUGUCCAACUGGAGCUUCUGACAGGCAUGGCUGAGAUCUUUGGAACUGAACUGACUCGCAAUAAGAAAUUCCCCUUUGAUGCUGGUGCUAAAGUGGCUGUCUUCACUUGGCACGGCUGUUCGGUACAACUGACUGGCCGAACUGAAGUGGCCUAUGUGUCCAAAGACACCCCCAUGCUGCUGUACCUCAACACCCAUACAGCCUUGGAGCAGAUGCGGUGGCAAGCUGAACGUGAAGAUGAACGGGGUCCUCGUGUCAUGGUGGUGGGCCCCACGGAUGUUGGCAAGUCAACUGUUUGCCGCCUGCUACUGAAUUAUGCUGUGCGCUUAGGGCGCCGACCCACUUUUGUAGAGCUAGAUGUAGGCCAAGGCUCAAUCUCUAUCCCAGGCACUAUGGGGGCUCUCUACAUUGAACGACCUGCAGAUGUCGAAGAAGGCUUCUCAGUUCAGGCUCCCCUUGUGUAUCACUUUGGGUCCACUACACCUGGUACUAACAUCAAGCUCUAUAAUAAGAUCACAUCCCGUUUGGCUGAUGUCUUCAACCAGCGCUGUGAGGUUAACCGUCGAGCUUCAGUCAGUGGCUGUGUCAUCAAUACUUGUGGGUGGGUGAAGGGAUCUGGGUACCAGGCACUUGUACAUGCUGCUUCAGCAUUUGAAGUUGAUGUUGUAGUAGUGCUGGACCAGGAACGCCUUUACAAUGAAUUGAAGCGGGAUCUGCCCCACUUUGUUCGAACAGUGCUGCUCCCUAAGUCAGGUGGAGUAGUGGAGCGGUCCAAGGACUUCCGACGGGAAUUCCGUGAUGAACGCAUACGUGAAUACUUUUACGGUUUCCGAGGGUGUUUCUACCCACAUGCCUUUGAUGUCAAGUUCUCAGAUGUCAAGAUAUACAAGGUGGGAGCCCCCACCAUCCCUGACUCAUGUCUGCCCCUGGGCAUGUCACAAGAAGAUAACCAGCUCAAGUUGGUACCAGUUACACCUGGACGUGAUAUGGUACACCAUCUGUUAAGUGUUAGUACUGCUGAUGGCACUGAUGAGAACAUCUCUGAGACUAGUGUGGCUGGUUUCAUUGUAGUCACUGGAGUGGAUCUGGAGCGACAGGUCUUCACAGUGCUCUCACCAGCGCCUCGUCCUUUGCCCAAGAACUUCCUGCUUAUCAUGGACAUUCGUUUCAUGGAUCUCAAGUAGACAGACUCCCUCAUAAAUAAAACCAUUAAGAUCAUGAGUGGAACAGUGUUACGACAUAGACUGGGGAAGGGAGAAAGAAAGGAAUCCUCAUAUGUGAAGAGCACAAUUUGGAAAUAAUCCUUUCUGUUUUACUAUCCUUUAGAAAGAACCACUGAGUAGAUAGGUUAGAUAUUUAUUAUUACGGCCUUUUGGCCAGCCAAUAGUUUAAAGAACCACUGAGUAGAGUGGUAGAGGGUGAAACUGGGAAGAUUUGUGGAUUUGUGUUUAUGACCUUUUAUAAAAGAGAAAAAAGGUGUGUGAGAAUGUUGGCUCACUAGCAUUCUUCCUUAUGUCUCCUUUCAUCUGAGAUUUCAGGCUCUGAAACUGGAAUCCUUUCCUAUCCUUUCACUGUUUUAUCUCAGUGAGAUUCUCUUGAGAGGGCAAAGUCUUUUAUAUUUUUUAAAAGCAAUAAAUUCCUUAAAAAGUUGUUGUUUUGAUAAAUAGGCAUAUUUGUGCUUCUUACAUCUAAGUAAAGCCUUAACAUAAAUACAUAAAGGGUAGGGCUAGGCAAGUGGAAAUGUUUUUAUUUGGCAUACAAAUUAUAAAAAUAAUUUCAUUUACGAGGUAGAAACAUUCAAAAUAUUUAAAAAGAAAAUGGUGGCCACUGAAAAUAGUUGAGGAGUUGGACUUACAAAUACCUCUGCCCGUUUUCAUACCAUAAGGUAGCAAUUAAAAAUACAGAGGGAAAAGAGUUACAAGAACCCAUAUUGUGAUGUGUUACAGCAUUUUAGUGUCAGAAUUAUCAGGAGAUUAGAGUGUAAAGGCCAGAAUUUAAAACUGAACUGAACAGUUAUGUUUUCCAAAAUGUGAGCCAGUAUUUGAAAGUUCCUGUUGAAUCUGAACCCUCUCCACCUCUAAAUCAGGUCAUUGGAUCAGAGUACAGGUUUGAAUUUAAAAAUGCCAUGUAGUGGCCCAUGACUAGCCGCAACUAUGAUUAAACAUGGCUAUGUAAAUAAAUGCUUGAGAUUAUUUUUAUACACUCUUGGAGUUGGUCCAGGCAUCAGUGCUCCCUAUCCAUGCUUGAAAACAUAGGCAGGAUGGAGGGCUGCUGCUUAAACUCUGCAAUUCAGUCUAAAGCAGACAGUGUAGGUAAACAUACUGGUGAAGGAAGGGAGAAGAGAUAACACUUCUGUUCACUUCAGGGUCCUUUCCUUCAUGCUGUAGUUCUCAACCAGUCUCUGUAACUUUUAAAAUGGUGGUUGAAACAUUUUUUUCCCUUUUGAUCUAACUGUCACUAUUGUCAAAAUUGUCAAGUUGUGAGUUCUCAGACAGUUUGCAUUCGUGGCAGUUAGACCUGCAGAGCCCAAGCAAUGCAUAGUUCAGCUGUUUUGAGGCUCUGAGUUAGGUAGCUUCAACAGACCAAAGAGAGGGAAUUCAGCAACACAGAUCUAUGUAUUUUAAUUGCUAUCAUAUUGCUAUUUCAUUAUCAAGUAAUAGUUCAUACUUAAUAUGUGAUUGUUUUCUUCCCUCAAUCCAGAUUUGAAGUUCCCAUGCAAUUUGUAAGUUUUUAUGUUUAAUGUGUUUUUUUAUUAGGCACUGAAUUUCUCAUAUGAAUACAUUUCAAAAGUGCCAUUUUAAUUAAUUCUGAAGUGGUUAGUACAGGUGCGCUGAAACAGAGACUAAACUUUUAUUGACCUGAUGUGAAGGGUUUUUAUUCCCAUUUUUUCUUAUGGAGACAGUAUUGAUCACCGUUCAAAACAAUCACCAUUCAAAACAGUUUCGUUCACAUCAAUUCUAUAAAUGCUGGAAUAGACGCUAUAGUCAGUCAGGCAAUCAACAUUAUUCUGCAGAACUUCUCGAUGGCUUAAAACAAGGAUAUCUGAAGAACUGUCUUGAACAGUGUUUUAUAUCACUUUGGUUGGCCCCAAUAAAAGGCAGUUCAUAGAUUAUGUUGUUCUUGAAUUUUGCCUGAGUGAAGAUGGAGAUGAAGCCUUUAUAGUCUGCUCCCAGGCUCUGCUGUCUACUCACAUUUUCAAAGUUAAAACAGUUCACCAUUAGCUGCAGGGUCUUCUCAGCUGCAGUGCUUCAGAUAUACGGUAGCCAACUGGCUUAGAGAAAAGUGUCCUGUCCCUUUAAUAGAGGCUUAAUGUGUGGAAAUGAGCAGCUUAAAGUUUUUCAUGGUGAGUAUAAGUAAAUAACAUCCCAUUAGUCUUUAUCAAAGGGAUAAGACAUUUUUCUCCAAUCAUGUUGGCAAUCCAGCUCUGAUGAGGAAAACUCCUGCUCUCAGCUAUGAAUCUAACAGUGGUUCUCAGCUUGGGGGUUGUGACCCCUUUAUGGGUCGAAUGACCCUUUCACAGGGGUCGCCUAAGACCAUCAGAAAACGGUCUUUUUAUAUUUUAUAUAUACCAAUUUUAUGGUUGGGGGUCACCACAACGUGAGGAACUGUAUUAAAGGGUCGCAGCAUUAGGAAGGUUGAGAACCACUGAUCUAACAUACAGCUUUUUCAAUUUCUCUUUUCGGUCUAUUGACUUCAGUAGACUUAGACAGCUGUAACUCUUCCUAAAAUGGCACUGUUACUUGCCCGGAUUUUUAUGCAACUCGUAUUUAAAACAAAUCCCUUCUAUUCUUGAUAUAUAAGAACGUUGAUCUAUUUGUUCUGUUUUAAUGCUAUCUUUAUAGUUUGGUUUUGAUCUUUGCUUCAUAUAUGGAUGCUUAUAGGCUGUGUUUUAUUUGAGUUACCGUUGAACAUAGUGAGACCUACUUAUGAAUAGACAUACAUAGGACUGUGCUGGAAGUUCAUAAGUUCUAAUUUUUUCCUGGUUUUGUAGAUUAAAAAAAUACUUUUUGAAUGUU